UCAGCCCAUAUUCCCUCUGUGGAUAGCAGCUCAGUGGUGCCAUUUCCUCGCAAGCAUGUAGGGUAGGCCUGCUGAGAACUUGGUUCUGUUUUGCAGGGAUGACCCGGGGAAUCAAAUCCGCUAGGGAACGCAAAUGAUUGUGUAGUCAGUCAGACAUAGGGGAUGCUUGGGUGCGGUGGCCAGAUGUUGAGAUUCGGUAUUCUGGGGAUUUCAGUAGAAUUUCACUGCUCACUCAAAAUUGCAAUGAGAUCUUCAAUGACCCCAGAGAGUCAGGACUUCAGUUUGACAUCUGGACAGAGCAUUUUACAGCACAGAGCCCCCAUCUCUCCCUACUGGCCCACCAAAACUGCUUACAACAGCACACUGGUUUUCCUAAGAGGUCUCCAAUCUAAGUAUUAAGACCAAAUCUGUUAAGCUUUGGCAGUUUGACAGGUAGAGGUUGGCAUACCUGUGUGCAGAAAGACAGUUUAUUAUGGUUUGAAUGAUUCUAUAUUAUUCCAUGUCUUGGAUGAUGAAGCUGCCUUGUUUUAGUUUUUCAGUAAACAUCUCAUGCACACAUUUCUUAGUCCUUACCCGUUUGGUAGUCAGACUUAUCUUGCACACAUCUUGUGGGUUUAAGGUUUGAAAUUGUGACUCGAUUAAGGCAGUUGUCAUGUAAACGCCAUUAUAUAAUUAUUUUAAUCGGGGUAAAGUCAAAAUAGGAGUAAACAUAACUAGAUACGUCUCCAAUUUUGCUCAGUUCUAUGAUUAUUGGUGCACGUACUCGUCUUAGUCGCAUUUAGAUAUAUUUUAAAACUGCGCAUGCGACGGGUCACCAGAUGCAGUGAACCGGAUGUUGUUUGUACACUUCAAUCUCAAACCAACAUGGCGAACAGCAAUAUACAGCGCAGUGUGAGGAGCGGUGGUGCAAUUAAUAAAAGUAAUCAUUUUUGGACUGAUGAAGAAACUCUGUUUAUGCUUAAUCAGAUUAAGAAACUAGACAUUCUGAAGUUCAUUGACGGAAGAAAACACCGUAAUGUACAUAUGUUUAAAAAGGUGUCAAACAAAAUGGUGGAGGCGGGUUUCGUCCGAACAGUGGAACAAAUUCGCUGUCGCUGGAAAUCGUUAAAACAAUCGUACUGUAAAGCGAAAUCACACAACAGCACAAGUGGUAGUGAUACGGUAAAAUGCCCAUAUUUUGAUUUUCUAAACGAAAUGCUAGGGCGGUGGCACUUAGCGGGUACCGGGGACCAGGGGAUAGAUGUCUGUUUUGACAAUAAACCCGUCACGGCGCCCGAGUACAGUCAGCCAGCGACACCGCCUACACCCUCCUCCUCGGCACUGAAUGCCCAGGCUGCCAUUUCACAGGUGAGGGAGAGACAGCUGGCAGCUCACCCUCUCCCGCUCGUCAGCGGAACCCCGCCCAGUGACGCCUCCCCCUCAGUGCCUGGUCUGCCACAUCCAGAGCACUGUGAGGGUGUGGCCUCUGGACUAAGAGGACCUCUACCAGAACAACCAAAUACCACGUCCUCUCUUCCGGGCCCCGCCCCUUCCCUCCCGACCACAGCCCCUCCCAAUCAGCGGAGCAAGUCCCAAGUAGCUUUGCCGGGCCACCACUCCACCACAUUCUGCGCGGAAGAGGCAGUCCUGCAGAAGAUGCGAUGGGCAUCGCAGGAGCUGCAGCACUCUGCUUCAGUGGAAGCCAGUAUCCAGCUUUGCAACCUCAUCCGCUGCUGCGCAGAUUCAUUGCGCAGCCUGAGGGACCUGCAGUUCUCCUCAGACUUUUAACAGCACAUUACUUGCGCAACACAUCACCUUUGUAGUAGCUGGUCCAACCAGCACUUAAGCCUCACUCAAGGUCAGAAAAGUUCAAUAAUCUCAUUUCUCCUAAGUGUUUUACCACAUUACCCGCACAGUGCGUCACCUCCGUAGCCAGUCCAACCAGCACUUCAGCCUCACUCAAGGUCGGAAAGUUCAGUAAUCUCAUUUGUGGAUAAAUAAGUUGUUUUAAAAGAAAA